ACAGUUGCGGUUCGUGGCAUCUCACAAGAAAAGAGAACGAGCGAAAGGGGGAGUGCAGUUGUCCAAAUCGGCGUGGACUGCUGAGAAGCUGGCAAGCCAGCAAGCCAGUUUACAAUAGCUAAUAACAGUUGUUUGGGUGCUAUCUCCCCUACCCACAGUCUAUGAGCGUGGAGAGGAUGAGAAGAGGGAUUUUAUUUUAUGCUUUGAAAGCACAGAGAAGUCAGUCCAAAAGAUUUUGACAUGAAGAAGGACGUAGACACGCUGAUUGCCGAGGAGCGGGCGGACACCCUCUCUAAAUAUGACAAGGGCAGGCAGGAAGGCGUCCACAUUGACCCCUGGGAGGAUGCUGACUACAGCAUCUAUAAGGUCACUGACCGCUUUGGCUUCCUGCAUGAGGAGGAGCUGCCCACACCCAGUGCUCUGGAGGGGAAGCAUAAGCAGCUGGAGAUUGAGCGGGUGGACAAAUGGGUGAAGAUGGUGAAGAAGUGGGACAAGUACAGGAACAGUGACAAGAUGACAAAGCGGGUAUAUAAGGGCAUUCCUCUCCAGCUAAGGGGUCAAGUCUGGGCCCUCCUGCUGGACAUUGAGAAGGUCAAGCUGGAAAACUCAGGCAAAUACGAGAAAAUGAAACAGCAAGCAAGGGAUUUUUCAACAGAAAUCAAACAGAUUGACCUGGACGUGAACAGAACCUUCCGGAACCACAUCAUGUUCAGGGACCGCUUUGGAGUCAAGCAGCAGGCUCUGUUUCAUGUGCUGGCGGCCUACUCUGUCUACAACACGGAAGUGAGCUACUGCCAGGGCAUGAGUCAGAUCGCGGCCAUCCUGCUCAUGUACCUCAACGAGGAAGACGCCUUCUGGGCGCUGUCCCAGCUCCUCACCAACACCAAGCACGCCAUGCACGGCUUCUUCAUCCCUUGUUUCCCUAAGCUGCACCGCUACCAGGCCCACCAUGAGCAGAUCCUCUCCAAACUGCUGCCCAAACUCAAGAAGCACAUGGACAAGGAGCAGAUGUCUACCGGCAUUUAUACCACCAAGUGGUUCCUGCAGUGUUUCAUUGACAGGACCCCGUUCACCUUGACGCUGCGUUUGUGGGACAUCUACAUCCUGGAGGGGGAGAGGGUCCUCACCGCCAUGGCCUACACCACCCUCAAACUACACAAGAAGCGCCUGCUCAAGCUGCCCCUGGAGGACCUGCGGGAGUUCCUGCAGGAGGACCUGGCCGUGUCCUUCCAACUGCCCGACGACGGCGUGGUGGAGCAGCUGCUCGCCGCCAUGACGGAGCUCCGCAGGAUGAGGCUGGACCUCCCUCCACCAGCCAAGUCAGACGAGCUGCCCAAGAUGCCCCUGGGUGAGGAGAGGCCUGUGCUGCUCAUGCCCCUCCAGCCUGAGCCCCCUCCAGAGCCCCAGGACCAGCCCCAGCACCCAGACACCCUCACCCCGGACCGCAGCCCUUCACCAGAGAAGCCCCAGGACACCCCAUCCCCAGAUCCAGUUCCAGUGCACAAGCAGGCCCUCCUCCCCCCGGAGAAGCCCAAACUGUACCGAGCCGUCCCCCCUCCCCCACCGCCCAGAGCUGAGGACAAGUCCCAUGCGGGGGUCGGGGGGCUAAGGAAAGGGGGCGAGAGGUGUCGGGGCGUCCCUGGAGACGGGAGCCGACCUAGGGACGGGGACCACGGCCGUGAAGUCAAGCCUGGGGGUGUGGAGCCCAAGGGACAGCCAGAGGACUGGCCCCCGCCUUACGAGCCCCCUGCCCUGGGUGUGCCUGCGAUGCAGCCUGAGGCCGAGGCCCUGGAGCUUCCAGACCUGCCGCCUCCACCUCCCUUUUACGGGGAGGAGGACAGUCUGGCCUCCUUGGACCCUGGAGUACCCUGCCUGGAGACGGGGAGCGGUCCGGGGCCGUAUCCCCCUCACCCCUCGACCUCCCCUCCUGCUCCCUGUCUGGGGCCACAGGUUCGGCCUCUUCGGGUUCCCCUUCCCAGCCAGCGCCCCCCUCCGCCUACGUCCCUGGACCUCAUUCCAGAGGAGCCCCGAUCUUCUCUGGCGCGCCUCCCCCGCGCCACCUCCUCGCCCCCCAGGCUGCCCCCCAAGCCCACCAAGUUUCCCGUUGCGCUCUCCGUGCCGAUGCCCGCGGGGGACCGACGUCCCUCCAACACGUCCCAAUACGACAACCUCUCUGAGGCUGACGAGGAGGUGGACAGGCUGCGGGAGAUGGCUGCCGCUGCCGUUUCCCAGAAGCCUUCUCUGGCCUGCGGUCCUCAGGAAACAGGCCUACUCCCAACGCCCAUGCCCAUACAGGAGUAUGACCCCACAGACUACCCCCUGCCGCCUCCGCCCGUUUACCUCCCGACACCCGACCUGAGAGCCUUCCCUCCGUCCCCCUCUCCUCCUCCACCCUCGUUCUGCGCCCUCCCCGCCCUCCCCCAGGAGCCAGACUGCGAGGAGCACAACAGCUGGGUCCGGGACUCCAUCAUCCCCCCUCCUCCUCCCUGCUUUGCCGACAGGAUCACCCCAUUCCAGCGCGCCCCCCGCCUCCACACAGACCCGCACAGAGCCACGUCGUCCAGCCAGGCCUACCCCCAGCCAGCGUCCAGGGGCCACUCUGCCUACCCGGGGCACACCCUCCUUCCCGGGUCGCCCACAGGUCAGACUCCAAGGGUCCCGGUCGUUCAGUCCAGCCCAGACUUUUACAGGAUGCACACAGGAAGCCAUCAACUGCCCAAAUCAGUCACCUUCUAGUGCGGAGGUUAGGGACUAUUAGGUGUAGAAGGCUGGGGGGCCAUGGUCCAGGCCGUCGGGGCCAAACUCAACCACUGUUACCUAUCAUGAGACAUUUCUUAAAGAGGCUCGAGUCAAAUGGCUUUAAAACCAACUUUUGUCUUCAGGUGGGUCAGGGUUUCAUUAUUGAGGGUGAUUGCCUUUUUCCAGGCGAGAUCCAUUAAGCACAGAUAAGAAGCAUUUGGAAUGGAUCCGAUUGGCCCGUUCAAAGUAUUUGGACAAGCCUGUUGCUAAAUGAAGAACAGGAGCCUGUUUUAUGGCCAGUCCCAUGUCUUCGUCUUUUCAGGUCUUGUGACCUGAUGAAGCUUUUUCAUACUUUGUACGAACAUUUGAUGUGUUCUCUCGUGUUUUUUAAGGGCAAUUACACUUUUAUAUAUGUUCCAUAACUUUAUUUGAAGGUCAUGUGGAAUUGUUCCCUGGUCCAAACUUUUGUAUGCCUCACAAAAGGCAAGGAUGUUGUUGUUUGUGUGGGAGUGCUUGGUAGUGAUAUGUGUGUUUGAGUAUCAAGAUACAACAUGAAUCUUUUUUUCAGUGAUGGUGUGGUAACCCCUUUCAAAAUACUGCUGCAUUCGAAAAUAAUCGUUUCAUCAUCAAAGCCCUUCCGGUCUUUCAUUUCCCGCUUCCUGUUACGACAGUGUCUUAACCAAUCACAGGUUGGUUCCUCAGUCUUCCCAGCUGUAGGAUUUCCUCAACAUCUAACUCAAGGGCUUUUCUAGUUAGCAUGCAAGCUACAUUGAUGUUCCUUUAGACCAAAACUGUAUUGUGGUUGGCUGUGAGCAGGCUCACACAACUCAGUACCCCGUUACACACUGUUGAUAAACACACAUACACACACACACACAACUGUGGCCUGUGUGAAGCCUCGAAUAACUUUUGGCAUUUAAGUUAUUGUUCGAAAAUCUAUGUUUAUCAGCAGACCAACAAUUUGUGUUUGAGUUGACCAGCAGCAGGGUCUUGUCUCUCUCUUUCACCCUCUCUCAUCCAUGGUGCAAUAGAACCUGUUGUACUGUAAAUAGCAUGUUUCACAGAUAUAGGGCCGAGUCCCAUCUAAGUGUAUAUUCAUUUGUGUUGGAGUCAGCAGUUUACCCUGUGAUUACCUUUUCCAACCCUUCAAUAUCGUUCUUGAGUUUCAAUCUGGUUUGUGUUUGAUAGGCAUGUGACUUCACAAGCAAUAAUGUACUGUAAAUAGUUAUAUAAAGAUUUAUAUCUGUACGAAGACGAGCUAAACAACACAUUGUGGGAGGGAACCUUAGUAGAUCAUCAGGAGUCGUAAAAAGGUCACGCUCUUCAAAAGAAUUUGAAAACAAACAAUGCACAAAUAAAUACGGGGAGACUCCAAAGUCCCACUACCACGACUGCUGUUGUUCAAAGCAGUGGCACCACCUAGUGGAGAAAGUGAGAAGACUAACCCUGAACCUAAAACUGUUGAAAACCCCAGCAUUCACAGAGGGAGGUGUUUUGUAUGAAUCGGAAGUUGAGCCAUACUGUACAGGACAAAGGAUUUUCGGUUGGAAACAUUUAUAACUGUUACUGAUUUAUUAAAUUAUAUACAUAUAA